AUGGCUGAAGUUGGAGCGGAGAAUAAGCGUCGGCUGGAUGCUCUUCGGUCCCUGGUCAAGGAAUGUUCUCAAGAUUCUGCUGCGCGUCAUCUUCUAGUCUUUGUGGUCCUGAUCCAAAUGUUCUUCAUCAUGUCAGGCGGCAAUUCCAUCACGUACUACACUCCGACCAUCUUGAAGCCGAUCGGACUCGCCGAUGAUCAGGCACUCCUAUUCACUACCGUCUAUGGCUUGAUGAAGGUUGUAUCCGUCUUCCUGUACGCAUUUUCCCUGACUGAGCGAUUUGGCAGUCGUCCACUACUUCUGAUCGGAUCGACCAUCAACGUUCUGUGUCUGCUUUACCUCUCCGUGUUCCUCGGUGUCGCCAGCAUCUCUGGCGCGGCAUCUCCUUCUCCAGCGGCCUGGGUCACGAUCGUUGCCAUUUGUAUCUUCGCAAUUGGCAAGGUACCAGACCAUUCUGGAAGAGAGGGUGACGAUGGAGACUUGGUGAAAGCGGCGUGA